GGUCACUUUUACAACGAUCCUUAAAAUUUGUAAUUAGGCGUGCAAUAUUAUAUUAUCUACAGCUCUACAUUCGGCUCCUACCCUAGUACGAGCCUGAAAGUAGUAAAAACGAUACAAAUUCAUGUUAACCAUUCAAUCGUUUCAUAACCAUGGCAUUUUCAAGGUCCAUUCCUAAACGAUCGCAAGGCAUUGCUUAUUGGGAGAUAACGGGAAUAUGUGAUGAAGUGGCUUCAAAACUCGAUAAGAUACCAUCCAAUACAACAGCACUAAAUAAUCCUACCUCUCCCGAACUACCAUCCGAAGAACAGAUUUUGGACCAUGUAAUUCGUUUGGCAAACCCCCAAUUGGAGCUUGAUGUUACAGGUUUGGACCUGAAAGGCGAAAUAGAUAUAUCCAAGUUCAAGAACCUAGAAAUCUGCUCCGUAACAGGUGGAUAUACAAAUAUCUUGUACAAGGUGACUAACCGUGAUAACGGUAAUAUUGUAGCUGUUCGUAUUUUCGGUCGUCAAACGGAACGUUUUAUCGACCGUUCCCAUGAGCGUAUAAUCCAGAACCACCUUUGUCUGCAGGGUUUCGCGAAGCAUGUCUACGCCCGGUUCAACGGUGGUCAGAUUGAAGAGUGGCUGCCCGGCAAUGUGGUAUCGGACGAUGACUUUUACAGCUUCAAGUACACGGAGUUGAUUGCUAAGCAGCUGUACAAGUUGCACGCAACACCUGGACAGCGCGACCUUUAUGUGAAAUUGUAUCCACACCUAGCGAAGAACGGUGAGUUGAAGUUUGAGUCGCAGCUUUGGGCCAGUGUCUGGAAGUUCUAUGACCUGUGCCUGGAGAACAUCCAACAGGUGGAACCAAUCAUCGGAGACAACUUCAACCUAAGAGAUAUCAGAAAACAUAUGGAACAAAUUCACGACUACUGUGAUGAUGCCAUGUCUCCUGUCGUGCUUUGCCACGGUGAUUUAUCAAAAGGCAACAUUGUGAUCGACUCCUCAGGCAAUGUUAUAUUUUUAGACUACGAAUACUCAUGCUUCAUGGAGCGUGGAUUUGAUAUAGCCGCUCACUUCUCGGAGUUUGCCGCUUAUGAAACAGAUUCAAGCAGAAUUCCAUCUUCUGCGGUACAACAUGAAUUCAUACGCCACUACCUUGGUGAAAAUGCUACGGAAAAGAUGAUAGAAGAUUUGUACAAGGAAGUCCAGCCAUUCCUACUGGUUCCAAAUAUAUAUUGGGGUCUUUGGGCACUUUUGCAAUGCCUGUAUUCCUCAAUCCACACUGAUUUCGCCCACUACUCUAUCAACAGGAUUAGGCGUUUCUUGGAUGAUGUAAAAAACUAUACGAAACAGUAGAAAGC